CUUUCUCCUCUCCUAUGUUAGUCGCAGGACUGCUACUAUACAGAAGGCAGUCUAGCACUCAGCCUGCUGCAAUCGGGAUGCAGACCAUUCAAACUGUCGAGACCCAGGUGCCUUUCCUGAAGGAGAGCUUCUUCACCACAUCCUUUAAAGACCGGAGAAAGAGUAGUGUGACCAACCUACUCCGCAGGCAGCAACAGCAGCAACAAAAUCACCCUCACAAUCCACCUUCGCCUUCUCUGGCCGGGGAGGAUGUCUGUAUUGAGCAUGCUCGACUGAGUCGGUCAUCCAGCAGCCCGUUAUGCAACAAAACAGAGCGAGUAGAUAUGAGGAGAGAGGGGGAGGAAGGCAGUGUCAGCCUCAUCUCAGCAGCGGCAUCCACACAGCUGCUCCUGACGCCGGCGAGCAGGCAGGGAUUAGUGUUGAGCUGUCGGGGAGCCAGGUCAACAACGCCAGAGCCGCCCCAGCAGCAUGGCCUGAUUGCCAAAGGGUUCCGCCUGCUUAGGAACAUGGGUAACCAGGAGGCUAAGCAGAGGAAGGCGGCGGGGGGAAACACCCCCUGCAAGGUCAGGGAACCUGAGACCUCCAAAAAAGGCAGGAAGCCUAAAGGGGGAGAUGGUGGCAAGAGGAUAUCCAAAUCCGAAUCUAAAAGCUCCUUGUUUUCCAAUAUGCUGAUGAGGAAGAGUCUGUCUACGGCGAAGGGACUGUCCAAGGAGGACAUCCUGGACGUCAAGGGCUCUCAGCUGGAGGUGGCUGCCGACGAGCUGGGGAUGAUGUCGGAUAGUGAGCCUGAGCAAGGCCUCGGGACAACAUCGGGGCUCGAAGAUGAGAGCCAGAGGACGAGCUCAGGUUCAGAUGAGGACCUUUACAGCUUCCACUCAGCGAUGGCUGAGCAUGAGGACCUUCUGUCAGACAUCCAACAAGCUAUCAAGGAGCAGCAUCGAGCCACAGAUCAGGUCCUGGACAGGGUCACUGUCCCUUUGGGGGUCACCUCCCCAACCUCAGAUAGAGAUGUUCAACCUCUGCCCCCUGGACCCAUUAACCAACAUCAGAUAGACUCUGCUCAGAAUCCAAACCUGGACAAGGGACAGAUGGAUGAGACAGCUGUUGCUACUGAUACCGUAGAUCCAGACCAAAGUGCCAAGUGUGGAAAAUCCGAGACAGAUAGAGGUGUUGCAUGUGGGGGGGAUUCAGACCUCGGUUCGUUGCUUGGCAGCUGCCCUUCCUCUGCUUCCCCAGACAAGGAGAGCAGCAGCAGCAGCCCUAUACCGAGGACCACCAGCACAUACAGCUUCCCAGACACCACCACCACAUCCUAUGAGAGCGCUGAGGAGCCCCAGGAUGACCUGGAAAGUCCAUUGCUGAGCUUCCACCUCACUGAGAACCGGAACUCUGAUGAAGGGGUUUGCGCCACUGAAGGGGUUAGGUGCAUGAGGUUGGGAAAGGCCACAGGAUCAGUCUCAGCCCGAAGUGUGAGUAACAUGGACCUGACUGUGGAGCAGGAGGAACAGAGGGACAAGGGGAGAGACUUCCAGUCCCUGAGAAGGAGAAAGAGUAGCUAUUCUGUCUCUCUGCUGAUGGCUGACAGUUCCAAGGACUCACUCACUAGAAGGACAUCCUCCAGUACAUCCACUGUAAAGCCCUAUCCUCCCAUAAACCCUUCUUACGUGAAGACCACCACCAGGCAGCUAACAUCACCGGUAGGGUCUCCCAGCCAGAGCCCCGUUAUCCCCCGUAGGAUGGGGCCAGGCACAGGGUAUGGGGGUCACAAGAGUAGGCCCCAUGAGUGGAGGUCCAGCAGGCAGAGGUCCUGCAGUAUCGCCGGUCCUCUAAGUCAUUCUUCAGACUGGAACAACGACCUGGAAGGCCUCCAGGCUAGACAUGAGGGCAGUAUGGACCUACAGGAGCAAGGGGAGUCACAUAGGGUCUUCCCCGGGGCUAGUCUCACACUCUCAGGUGUCCAAACCAGCAGCACAGGGGCCUCCCACUGUGUCUUCUCUGGUCACACACUGUUGGAUUAUCUAUGUCGGCAGCAAGAGGAAGGAGCAACAGAGGAGGCAGCGAGGCUGUGCUGUUCUUUGUUGGGCCUGGGCUUGCUGCAGCCCCUCAGUGAGGUUUUCAGGAAGCAUCCUGGUGACAGUGUCAUUCCAGUCACUGCCGCAUUCAAUGCAAACCAGCUGUAUACCUGGGCCAUUUUCGGCCAUCCCUCCUACAUUUGUGAGCUUAAUGAAGGUAGUACUCCAGGCCGUCUCCUGGCCCAAUGGCCCCCUCCAAAGCCAGCUCAGAAUUCAGCAAUGUCAGGGAAGCUGUCCCAAGAGGAAAAUGGCAGUGAAAUGUCAGGGCUGGAGCAGACCAUCAAUGACCUAAGGAUAAAGAUUGCAGCUCUGGAAAUCCAGCAUGCAUCCCUGGAGAUGGAGAUCCACUCUAAAGAGAGGGGGGAUGUGAACAAUACUGUGGCCCAGGGGGAUGUCAACCAAACAGGGACACAUAGGAGAGAUUUAGCUGUACAGACAUCACCAGUGGAGGAGAGAUCUAGAUUUAAAUUCCCUUUCAAGGAAGGAUCAAUCCCCUCCUCAGCCUCCUCCGUUUCCCUCCCCAAACCUGGCUUUGUCUGCACCUGUCAAUAUCAGCAGCAAAUUGCACCUCCACCCCCUCCGCCUCUACCUCAGCUUGAUGGGGGACCCCCACUGCCUCCACCCCUUCUCCCUGGUGGAUGUGGUCCUCCUCCACCCCCUCCUCCUCUACCUCAGUUCGUUGGGGGACCCCCACCGCCUCCACCCUUUCUCCCUGGUGGAUGUGGUCCUCCUCCACCCCCUCCUCCUUUACCAGGUAUGGGGGGACCCUGUCCUCCACCACCACCCCCUCCCCUUCCAGGCUUUGGUCCACCACCCCCACCCUCUGCAUCGGGUUUGGGUCCCCCUCCUCCACCACCACCUCCUGGCAGUGGUCCCACACCUCUUUCAGGCUUUGGACCUCCUUCCAUUGGUUCCUCCAUGUCCCAGGAGGCUUGUCUCAAGAAGGCACCCAUUGAGCCCCCGAAGCCCAUGAAGCCUCUUUACUGGACCAGGAUCCAGCUGCAUACUAAGAAGGACUCAAGUUGUUAUCUGGUUUGGGAGAAGAUCAAUGAGCCGUCAGUGGAUUUUGAUGAAUUUGUUGAGCUGUUCUCUAAAAGUGCUGUGAAGGAAAAAAAGAAGCCAAUAUCAGACACCAUCAUGAAGUCUAAGGCCAAACAGGUAGUUAAGCUGUUAAACAACAAACGAUCCCAGAAUGUGGGGAUCCUCAUGUCCAGUAUCCACUUGGACAUGAAGGACAUCCAGAAUGCCAUUCUGAACAUGGACAACACUGUGGUGGAUCUUGAGACAUUGCAAUCACUGUAUGACAAUAGAGCUCAGCAAGAUGAAAUGGAGAAGAUUGAGCAGCAUAUCAAGUCAUCCAAAGUCAAGGAUGACGCAAAGCCAUUGGACAAGCCGGAACAGUUUCUCUUCCAGUUGUCCCAAAUCCCCAAUUUCUCAGGAAGGGUGUUUUGCAUCAUCUUUCAAUCAACCUUUGUUGAAUGUAUCUCUUCCAUCCUCCGGAAAGUAGAAAUCCUUCAGAAAGUGUGUAUGACUCUGAAGAGUGGUCAGAAAUUGAUGCAGGUACUUGGCUUGGUUUUAGCUUUUGGGAACUUCAUGAAUGGAGGGAACAGAUCGCGAGGGCAGGCCGACGGCUUUGCUCUAGACAUCCUGCCCAAACUCAAGGAUGUUAAGAGCAGUGAUAACUCUCAGAGUCUUUUGUCAUACAUCGUUUCUUACUAUCUAAGGCACUUUGAUGAGGACGCCGGUAAAGAGACUUGUGUCUACCCACUUCCUGAACCCCAGGACCUUUUCCAGGCAUCUCAGAUGAAGUUUGAGGACUUUCAGAGAGACUUACGAAAGCUGAGGAAAGACCUCAAUGCAUGUUCUGUGGAAACCGAGAAAGUCUGCCAGUUCUCUUCUGAAGAGCACCUGCAGCCCUUUAAGGACAAGAUGGAGGAGUUUCUAAGCCAAGCAAAAAGUGAUAUGGAGGCACAAGAAAAACAGCUAGAGAACACUCAUAAGAUUUUCUUGGAGUUAAGUGUGUUCUUUUCAGUGAAGGCCAAGUCAGGGGAGAAGGAGGUUUCUCCCAACACACUGUUUUCUGUAUGGCAUGAGUUUUCCACAGAUUUCAAAGAAGUUUGGAAGAAGGAAAACAAACUGAUUUUACAGGACCGACUGAAAAUGGCAGAGGAGGUCUUUAAACAAGCUAGAGAGAAGGCUUCGUACAGUGUUAAACCCAAACAGUCCUCUGGAAUAAAGGCCAAACUGAGUCAGAAAAUCUAAGACAAUCUACUGGAGAAUUCUUAUCAAGGGGAAGUUUGAACAGAACUUGUUUUGCUAUUGUGUUUGUUGUUAUUGUUCAUUUCCAUCAUCCUUAUAUGCCACAAACAGUGUCGCCUUAUUGGAAAGUGCAAUGCAGUAAACUAUUACAGUAUUUGGACAGUGACACUGUUUUUUGUCUCUGUAUUCCAACACUUUGAAUUUGAAAUGAUCCAAUGACCAUGGGGUUGAAGUGUUUUCAUGUGAGGGCUUUUCAACAAUAUUGUAUGAACCAUUUAAAAACAACCACACAUUUUGUACAUUGUCCCCACGAUUUUAGGUUACCAAUAGUAUUUGGACUGAUUAAUAUCAUGUUCUCAUGAUUAGCACUUUUUUAUUUAAACUUUUUCUUAUACAGAGUCAGUCUGAGGAAUAGGUCUAUUUUACAACUACAGAAAAUAAAUGUGAAAAACUAAAAUAGGAAAAACUAAAUCAGGAAAAACAGUCCUACUGAACAACAAAAAGUAAGAACCCUUGCAUUUCCUUUGCAUGCGUAUGUCUGAGAGGCUUAUAAACUUCACCAGACGCUGGGCAUCUUCCCUGGUGAGGGCAUUUGCUUUCAUGUGUCGCUGUCCACUUUAGAAUUCAGAGCCAUACAUGCCCUGGCAUGCCACCAACUCCACCCUGUUUCACAGGUCUGGUGGUAUACUUUGAAUCAUGGACAGUCACUUUCUUCUUCAAACGUUCCUCUUUCCGUCGCUCAAGUACAGGUUAUGUUCCAUCUCAUCUGUCCAUAACACUUGGUCGAGAACUCUACAGGCUUCUUUAACUACGUUUUAGUAAACUGUAGCCUUGCAGUUCUGUUCUUGGAGCUUAAUAUUUGUUUGCAUCUUGUAGUGUGCCUUCUAAAGUACAGCUGGUGCACUCUUCUGUCUAUGCGAGUAUUUACUCAUGAAUUACUACCUCCUGGAGAGUUUUCUUGAUCUGUUGGACUGUUAAUCUUUUUAAGUCACCAUUUAAAGUAUUCUUCAUCACCUAUUUUCAUGGUCCUUUUUCUACCAGGUUGUUUGCAUAUGCUGAUGUACCAAAGAGCUGCUGAUUUUGGCACGCCUAAUGAUUUGUCUAUGUCUCUGAUUCAUUUAAUUUGAUUUAGCUGUCAAAUGAUGUGCAGCUUGACUUGCAUUGACCCCUCUUUGUGUUGUCAGACACCAGCAACAGACUCCAAAUGCAAAACCAAGAAUAGACGUUGUCAGCUCUCUUGUGCAUGAAAAAAAACAUACCUGUUUAAUAAGAAACCUCUGUAAAGCAGGUUGUCCAAGUGCAUUUGGUGUCUAUCCUAAAAUGGGGUGACAAUGUAUAAAACGUGCUCUCAUAUUUAAAUGGUUCUUUCGAAAUGAGUGGAAAUAGCCUAAAGUUAAAGGUGACAGUUUAUGCCUUCUCUGUGGUUAUUGUAAAUCUUUUAUCUAUUGUGGAAUACUGAACCUAAAAAACAAAAUCAAUAAAGCGUGUCAAUAUUCAUAUACUUUUGGAGUUCACUGUAAAAAUACAGUACCAUGAUUUGGCAGCGUCAGUCAGAGAGAUUUCCCCCACGUCCAAGGAAAGUAUUUAGCAAAGUAUUUAAUACUGAAUAAAAUUGUUUAUUUUAGACAGAUGACAAUAAUGAGUAAUACAUAAUUUAGAAGUCACAGACAUGUUGUGGUAUUCCCUGUAGCAUUUGAUAGAAUAAUCCACUUAAGACAAUCAUGUUUAUCAAGGACACUUCUAAAGUUCAGCUGGUGUAAUAUACUGUCUAUGGUUAGGUAUUUAACUCAUAUGACUACCUCCUAGAGAGUUUUACUGAUGUAACGUCAUUUAAAUGUAAUAUCCAAUUGAAACAACAUCCAGAGUAACAUACAGUUAACAUACAGUUAAAGGCUGCAUAUAUUUUAAUACUCUUUGUGCAAAUCAAACCCUGGUAUGCUGUACUCUUAAUUGAACCAUGUGGGAUCUUGCAGUAAAUCUUGCAGUAAAAAAAAACAGAGCACAACAUUGGCUUAUAUUUGCCUACCAGACAGCAAGUGCCUUUAGCACACUAAUUUAGUUCUGGCCAGUAAGCCAAUGCCCUUAGGCCAAAUUACUCUUACAAUACAACUUUUUUGGAAAUGAAUCUUCCUUAGUGACAGCCUGCGUUGUAGCAAUCUUGGGUUUUUUGUCCACUGCUUUUCAUAAAUGGUUGAUGUUUGAUGUAAAGAUGAGGUUUAUCUAAGUGUUAUCUAUGUUACAUGUAAAAUGUUAUGCAAACUGUAAUGGACAUAUCCUUUUUAUUUGUAUAUUUGCUGUCCUGAUUGGUGUGCUGUUGAAGCUUUAUUUAACUGUUGGUGACUAUGUCUCUAGGUGCAAUAAUCUCUUUGUCCAGAUAAAUUACUAUUUAUUGACAACAAUAAUUUUUCAACCUAUUCUUAACCAUCAGUCUACCGUAUCCUUUAAUGACACAACAUUGUUUACAUUCACUUGAUAUUCACAUGAAAUAGAUUCAAUAUAAAGUAUAUUCAUAAUCACUUUUUCCAUUGUCAUUUACAUAUAUAUUCAUAGAGGAGCAGUUAGGACAAUACAAAAUAUAAUAACAUAACUUAUUUACUGGUUAGCUUGGUAUUUGUGUGAAUAAUUUCACAUUUGGACAUUUUAAACACAGGCGGAGCAUAUUCCAGAUCUUAUGGAUAGCUCACCCAUGUACAGCAUGUCCUAGAGCCAAACAUUAGCUGAAAAGGGACAUCAGUGCAUGGCAAUAGAUAAGGUAAUAUCACAAACUGUAUACAUUUGAGUGGAAAGAUCCAGUUGACUAAAUUUGACUUAAAUAUGUCUUUACUUUUGUAUGCUGUGCUAUGCAUCCAUUUUUGACAGAACUUUGUAGCUAUAACUCACCCAUAGCUGUCAAUGUCGUCAAAAGUCAUUCAUGGGCAACUCUACUGUCUGUAUAUUAAAGGUUCAUUGUGUGUGACCAAUUAAACAAUGUAUAAAGGGAUGAUGCAGAAUAAUCCAAUAUAAGGGAGAAACACUAGCUAUCCCCUGGUAUGUCAAUGGUAUUCAUGUUCAUGUUAACGUUCACUUUGACGUUCACAUUAGUGUUCACUGUGACGGUUAUCACCUGUCUAAAAAUAAUUCCUUAGAGUUUCCUGCUAUCACUUACAUCCACCGACAUGCAGCGACACUGUUUCACGUGCUGCACUUUGCGGUGGCGAAAGUUUGGCUGCAGACCUGGACAGUCAAGCUGAACAGUGAGCUGGGUGACACGGUGUGGCCUGCAGAAGGAACAGGACAGGAAGGGCUCCUCUGCCUUGUUGUUUUUUUUCCGGGCAGAACCUGGUCCUCGAUUUGAGCUAGUGCUCAUGUGGCGGGGGAUGUAGAAGGAGUUACACUGGCCGUAGCAGAAGCGGUUGACCACCGUUCGACUCCGGCAGCCUUCCUCGCUCACCGUCUGACGAAGUGGUUGUGUCUUGCACCAGUCACGUCGGAGGUAGCGGCUCUCUGUGACCACCAGGGCCUCCCGACUUGAAGAAAGGACUUCAGGUUUCCAUGGCAACAGGCGCUGGCUCACUGAUAGGUUUACUUUGGACUUGGAAGGUGAGGGGAUGGAGCCCUGGGGGCGGGGUUUUCUGGUCUCUGUGCCUACACAGAGGAACCCAACUAAUAGGACCGUGAGAGUGAUUCUCCAAAACAUUCUGGGAAUGACAAUACAGAAAGGUUAGUUAGAGUGCUACUAAUUGAACAUCAAGCCUUGAUCCUUGAUUGCAUUAUCAAUAGAAUACUACCAGAAAAAGCUGUUUAGUAACGAGGUAACAGGUAACAAGAUAUCAUAUUUCAAUCCUAUUCCAUUGUAACACAACUCCAGAAGUAUUUGUAUUCUUUAUGGUAUGGCCUCAAGUAUGUGUGUAUGCAUGUGAUAUUGUUCUAUUUAAUUGCCCCCUCCCAUUCAGUUUGGCCUUUCAGGCAUUAUUCUGGAAAUUAAUUUACCAUGUCCACCUCCAUUUGUCAAUGUCUAUGUGUCAUUACUUUUCUUUGCUUUCUUGUCAGCUAUAGGAUUGUUACAAAAAUAAACAUGUCUGGUCAUCAAAGGACACCCGUAAACACCCGUCACGAGAAAAAUAAGUUCAUUGUAUUGGUCCCGUCCCCGGGUAAAAUAAUUAAAGCUUUGCUUACUCUA